AUGCUCAGAGAUCAUAUCGCGGUGAUUUGCAUCGCGUGGUACAUUUUCAUAGCCUGCGUCUGCGCCAUUGGCUACAUUUGUCUAUUUCUCUACUAUCGCCAGACGCCUUCACGGGGCGCCGUCCUUGCAGACGAGUCGGCAAAGCACCAAACCCCCCAUGUCACGGUGAUCCGACCCUGCAAGGGCCUCGAACCCUACCUGUACGAAUGUCUCGCGUCGACGUUCCGACAAGAUUACCCCCGGGACAGGGUAGCGGUGCACUUUUGUGUCUCGUCGCGAAAUGACCCGGCGUACGGCAUCAUCGAGAGGGUCGUGGGCGACCACCCGGCCCACAAUGCGCGCAUCUUCAUCGAGGAGGAAGACGACGGACUCGCCAACGGAGACGAGGAGGAGAGCUACUAUCGCAGGUCUCUAGGGCCCAACCCGAAGAUACGGAACAUGAGCAAAGCAUACCGCGAUGCAGGCGAGCGGGAUCUCAUAUGGAUCCUGGACUGUAAUGUCUGGGUGGGCCGGGGUGUUUGUGCGCGCAUGGUUGACAGGUUAUGCGGUUUCACGACUGAAGGACACCCACCACCAACGCCAUACAAAUUGGUUCAUCAUCUCCCCGUAUCAGUCGAUGUGGAUCUGCGCACCGACCAGGCUGAUGGACGGGUGGCAGAUUCUGCGUUUCGGAGUGACCGUCCUUCCACACCACCCCAGCCCGCCAACACACUCACUACCGCUACUCUGUCUAAGCUAGAUCAACUCAAGCGGGGUGCUGGCGGCCGUGUCGAAGAGCUCUUCCUCUCCUCCUCGCAUGCAAAGAUGUACGUUGCCAUCAACACCGUGGCCGUGGCUCCUUGCAUCCUGGGAAAAUCUACCAUGUUCCGACGAGUGCACUUGGACCAUCUCACCGCCCAAAAAGCCCUCGAGGACGCCAGAAGCACGAGGAGUGGCGGCGCGAAGGAUCAUCACGAAGAGAGCAGGGGCCCUCAUCAUACCCGGAUCGGCAUCGACUAUUUCUCCCACAACAUCUGCGAAGACCAUCUCAUCGGCGACCUGCUGUGGAAAUCCCCCGUGCCGGCGGUCCCUGACCUUCCGAAGAAGAUGAGAAACCAUGGGCUAGUAUACGGUGACCUGGCGAUCCAACCCAUCAACUCCAUGUCGCUGCAAUCUUACAUAUCCCGACGGGUCCGGUGGUUGAGGGUGAGGAAGUUCACGGUGCCUGUGGCAACGUUAGUCGAGCCUGGCACAGAGAGUUUUCUCUGUUCGCUGAUGGGCGCCUGGGGCUUGACUACCUUUAGCGGGACAAAGAGCUGGGCUGGGGAGUCGUGGGGGCGGUUUUGGAUGUGGUGGAGCGUGAGCAUCCUCUGCUGGCUGGCGGUGGACUGGACCGUGUAUUUGUUACUGCACUCAGGCCGAACCAUUGAGACGUCUACGCCACAACCCUCAUCCUCACUCUCACCCUUAUCGAACUCCUCGAACACAAACUCCUCAGCCGCAGCACUUGAAACUUCAGAAGACGGACGACCCGAACUCCCCGUGUUCGCCCAACCUCUUUCCGCCGCCGUGCGCUCACGGCGAAGCUUCUCGGCCUGGCUCCUCGCCUGGCUGGGACGGGAGUCUCUCGCUUUCCCCAUCUGGGCCUGGGCAAUCUGGGGCGGCACGACCGUGACCUGGCGCGACCGGCGGUUCUGGGUCGGGUUCGAUAUGAGAGUUCACGAGAUCCGAGAUGCGAAGAGCGGGAGCAGCAGUAGCAAGGAUAAACACCGGGACGCCAGUUUAAUGGGGAAGAGUAAUGGACACAUGACGGGGAUAAACGAGAACGUGAAUGGGAAUGUGAAUGCCAAGACGACGAACGCCAACCGGACUUUGAGGGAACGCAGAGACCCAAAUCGGAUAAUGAGGGAGCAAUGA